AUGGGCUCAAGUACCAGGAAAAAGAAGGAAAAGAAGAAGGACUUUCAGAAACCCAAGUUGAAGGUUGGAAAGACAAAGCCGAAGUCUGCAAAUUUUACAGAUACGAGCUUCCAAUCAAAAUCCAUCGUCGUCAACCAACAGUCCCUUUCGGAGACCGCUCCUGACGAUGUAGCUUUAUUUAAGCACAAUCUGUCACUAGCUACCUCUCGGAAUGACAAGCAACGGCGCGAGGCCCUAUCCCACCUCGUCAGCCAGCUCACGUCGACACCGCCGAAGAACCCUGUCGGCGCAUAUGUUCUUCUCGACAAGUUAUUACCUCUAAUCACCGAUACUUCGUCGGCGAUUCGCAGCAGCCUCCUGAGAUUAUUCCAGACCCUUCCGUAUUUCGAAGUCCAACCACACGCGGAUAAGGUCGUCAAAUGGGUCCGUCUAGGAAUGCUACACCUCUCAGCCGAGGUUAGGGAUGACGCACUCAAGUUCAUGGACUGGCUGCUCGACGUUGCAGUUGACCAGCUGCUCGACGUUGCCGGCGGGUGGACGAAGACGCUGGAUGCGUUCAUCGCGAUGAUGGGCUGGAGGAAUGCUUCCGCAUCAUCCACCGCCGCUGCGGGCAAAGGCUGGAGCUCGGCGCCCAAGACGACCUUUGGUGCGGACAAGGGCGGGUCAGCCUACGCGCACCAAAUGGCAGCCCUUGCCAGAUUCAUCCAGCUGGGGUUGCAGAAGCCGCCCCCAAUCGAGCCGUGGACUGAUGCCCAGUACUGGCAUCAGGUCUACAGACUGCCCGAGGGGCCAAACCCGUUCGGAUAUCUUCAGCUGUUUGGCCCGCCGCAGGAUGGGGAGAUCUGCGCGGAUACCGAGUCGAGGCAACGUGCUCUAUGGUCUCUGAAGGCAACUAUAGAGAAGAAAACCACUCAGGCUCGAAUGGAAGGUGGGUUGGCGGGACGAGCGGCCACGGACUUGUCCAAGGCCCUUGAGGAGGGCUUUAAGGGAUAUGAACAUGACGAGCUUGCGGAAUUGGACUGGUGA